AUGGAUGAAGAAGAUGAUGAUAGAUUAAAUGAAGAUGUAGAGGAUGUCGAUGUUGAAGAGCAGCAACCAAAGGAAGAUGUAAUAAUGUUUGAUACCGAUGAUACUGCUGUCGGUGGAAAUACAACUACUACUUCUGCACCGAUAACAAUACAAGACGAUGACGAUGAUGAUAAUGAUAAUGAUGAAGAGGAGGAAGCUGUUGUUGAUGAAGAUGAUGAUAAAAGUGGUUCGUCGUCAGCAUCGACAUCAUCGCCAACAUCGAUGGAAUCAAUACUGACAUUCACCAACGACGAUAUAAAGACAUUCACAACAACAUCGCUCAUUAGCUUACUAUUGAUUCAUGCUAUCAGUAAGAUAAGCAGUAGUAGUGGUAAUACCGACAACAAUGAAACAUCCAUAGAUUGGCACAACAUAUAUAAACAAUUCAUCGAUAAACUGAAACAACUGAAUAAACUAUCGCAAUUCUUUAUCAACGAUACACAAUUACAAUCGAUUGAAAAGAAUUUAUUAACACCAAAAGAUUUGGAGAUUUCAAUUAAAGAUUUGUUGGUUGUAGAGAUAAGGAAAUCUAUAAAUGAUCUUGAAGUUAAUAUAAAUAAUUUACAAGAAGAGAUUAAAUCAAGAGAUGAUAGUAAGUUAUCAUCGUUAUCUUUGACGAGUAUUGACGAGGUUAGUCUAGAAGCUUCUACACCCUCGAAUAGUAGUGUAAUUGAAGAACCGCUGUCACCUUUGAACCCGACAACAACUACUACGACGACAACUACCAAUACAAAGGUAAAGGCAUCAUCUACACCCGUUCAACAACAGCCAAGUACACCCGACAUCAACGAAGACACCAAACAACAACAACUACUACGUUCACAACAACAACAAGAGGAUGAAAAGAAUAACAAAAUCAUUAUGGGUCAGAUGCAAAAGGUAUGGAAAGCGUUGAACUCUCAUCGCUAUGCAUCGAUCUUUCGUUAUCCGAUCACCCACGACGAAGCACCCGACUACGAUGAAUAUAUCAAGCAUAGAAUGGACUUGACCACACUCAAGAAGAAUCUGGACGACGGUCUCUACAGCAAUAGCUCAGAGUUCAACGGUGAUCUACAGCUGAUAUUCAGUAAUGCGAUGGAGUACAACGCACCAAACUCUGAGAUCUACAACUAUGCCGUCUCCAUGAAGAAGUACACCGACAAGGAGAUGGAUAUGAUUCUGACCACCGAGAAUAUGCUUCACAACACAGGAACGACACCGCUGCGUAGCAGUCGUAGUUCAUCGACAACACCAUCGCCAAGUAUCAGAGGUCGUAAAUCCACAACCACCACUACCACUACCACUACUACUAGUAGUGCCAACAACAGUUCCUCAACAACACCGACUCGUGGUGGAAGCAAAAGAGAUUCUGCCCCAUCGACUCCAUUGAACGACGACGUAGAUGAAGUGAAAACACCUCAAGUCGAAGAAUCACCAUCACCACAAUCCAGCAGUGCCAAACCAAAGGCUAAUCGUCGUGGAAGAACCAGCAAACCAGCUGCCUCUACACCUACCGAGCAAAAGAAAACCACAAAAAGACAAAGAACUUCUAGGACCGAAGAGAAAUCAACUGUUUCAUCUGAUGAGAGUUAA